AUGGCCGAGACCGCUCCGUACUACCGGGACUUGACUCGGGAGCACGCCCCGCAGCCUCACCGGCCCCAGCAGCCUUCCCCUGCUCCGCCGGCUUCUUCCUCACAAGUAGCUGUCUAUGGCGGGUCUCCACAGCAUCCCUCGGAAAUGUUUUGGAUGCGAAAUCCCCAGCCGUUUCUCCCGUCGAGAAACGCUGACGACGGCCCAGAGCCCCUCCUGGCCGGCCCUGCGUCCUUCGCCGUGGAAGCCGGUCGACAGCCGCCUUCCACCUACUCGAGCGCGUACCUCAACAGCAUGUACAGGCCUCCCAUCCUGUCUGAUCAAGGCACGGUCUUCCCUCCGCCGCUUCUCGGUCUCCAUCCGGCGCCCCCGUCUCUUCCGUCUCCCGGGGAAGUCUCGAUGACUGCCCUCGGCCUGCAGACGGGCGAACAGGCAGGUGACCAGAACGGUGCAGAGCGUGCAGGAGCGAAGAACGGUUUGUGGACUCCGACCUCGUCGCCCUACCACGUGACUGCGCCGUCACUCCCGUUCUCGCCCUUCAGCAUCGGCGGGCCGGGCAAGCGAGAUCGCGUCCGUCCCGGCGUGCAUGAGCCGCUCACGUCUUCGUGUCCCCUCUGCUGCGGGCGGCCUGGAACUUCGUCUUCCUUCCUUGGCGGCGAGGAUUCGUCGUCGACCUUCAUGGGCUGCUACUGCUCCGCGCACGCUGGCCAGUCGGGCGGCGCGGCGACGGCCUGGUCGCGGGUGGCGUCUCUCCUGCUCUUCUUGCUCGACCGCGUCCGAAGGUCUGUCUCCGCUUGUAGCCGGGUUCUGGGGUCCUCGGCGGGGCCCAGACGCUGCCACGCUUCCAGCGCGUCGGUGUUUCUCCGGAUUGGACUCGCGGCAGCCGUGGCUCUGGGUGUCCUCCUGUUCGUCGUCCGCAUGCACACGGCACACCGCAGCGGAGAGCGGAGCAAAGCGCACCGAACGGUUCACCCUGGACUCAGCGUGGAGGAACGCUCCAUCUGGGACACUUCCAGUGUCCCCCACCUCCUGUCUCAGAGAGAUGCACAACCGUUCGGAGGCUCAGACUCCGACACAAAUUUCCUCCCAGGCGCAGAGGAAACAGACGGAGACGAGACAGACGGAGAAGAGAAUUUGCUGCUGGCGGGGGCUUCAACGAGGCUCGUGCACCCCGGUGUCGGUGUGCGAGGAAAGGACGCAUGCCGGGGAAGUGACUACAUCUCUCACACGCUCCGCCUUGCUCACGAACAGUCCUUCUUCUCGCUUUUCUCCAACACCCACGGCAUGUCUAAAUACGAAGCGAGUGACGUGGUUGGCGUAAACGGCAGCUUGUACACAGUUUUCGAUUCUUCGUAUGCGAUUGGCCACACGAAAUAUACGCUCCACCCCUUCGAUGAAGAGAACUACCUCAUCGGCAGUCCAAAGCGCACAGGAGAUGACGAUUCUCAGUGGGAGGGUAUCACCUACGACGAGGUGACGAAGCACUUUUUUGUUGUUCGCGAAGCGAUUGUUGUGGACGCACAUGCGCCGUGGAAACCGAAGGGCGCCGACGCCUCGCCCUCAGAGGCAGCGAAGGAAACUCCCGAAGCGGCGGCUCAGGACAGCAAAGGCGGCAAACGCAAGGGCUCGAAGAAAGCAAAGAAGCAGAAGGAAGACGCAGGACACGAGCAAGGCGAACAGCCAGACACCAGGGAAGAGAAAGCGACAGCCGCAAAACCAGGACACUACCAUGCGGUAAUCGAGGAAAUCGAGGUCAAGGGGAAAAACUACACUGUCGUUCAAGCCUGUCGGACGGAAUUCAGCUUCUCGUCGGAAAACAAAGGCUUCGAGGGAGUAGUCAGCCUCCGCAAUACCAACGGCACCUUCUACCUUCUCGGCUUGUGUGAAGGCAACUACUGCAAGGGAGGCGCCAAGGGCCGAAAGCGGGGCAAUGGGCGGCUGGUGCUGAUGGAGAAGGUCGAAGGCGCGGAGCCGGGAGAGCAUUGCCUGUGGAAAACGGUCAAAAUUCUUCAUCUUCCCCGAGAAAUCGCCUUCACUGACUACUCGUCCAUUGCAAUUCGGGGCAAUCAUGUGGCCAUCACCUCUCAAGAAGACGCAGUCGUCUGGGUCGGGAAAUUCAACAUGCCAGAAGAUAAGCCCGAACAUUCAGAUGGAGGCGCAGCUUCGGAGGCAAACAUCGACACGCCUACGAUGCUCUUCACAGACCCGAUGGCUCUUGAGGUCGCCUCAGGUGGCAAGGUACUGAAUUUUCCUCGAGAUGAACAGUGCAAUAUCAUCUACUGUAACAUUGAAGGAAUUGCCUUCGCUGGCAGAUUGCUUGUGACGGUUGCCGACAAGGUGAAGGCCUGGCAAGAUCCUCGGUGCAUGGCAACGGACCAGCGGGUGCAUGCGUUCGCCUUACCGCCCAACUUCAAAUACUGA